CCGUGUGUCAGGUAUAAAAAAGUCAAUGUUUGGAGAGUCUCGGCAAGAGAGUUGGUGCAGACGAGAGUUGUUUUUUGGGGUGGUUUUUUUUAGAAUGGCCGGAGUCAAAAGUUGGAGUCUGAUGGCAUUGUUUGUGUUCUCACUGGCCGUUGGAGGUGACGUAUGUAAGUUCAAAUGUAUAACAGUAGUUAGGUUUUUUUUGUUUUUUUUUUUGCUUUUUUUAAAAACCAAAUAAUGAGAGUCUGUCAGUUGAGUUCCAGAGGCGUAGCGUGGUGGGGCCAGGGGGGGACAGAUUCCCCGGGCGCCAGCUAGUUAGGGGUGCCAAAAUGUGCUUUGAUAUUAUUUUAUUGAUGAAAAUAAUGGGUUUGAGAGUUGAAAAAAAGAAAAAGGGGCGCUAAAAAUGGAUCUUGUCUCCGGGCGCGAAUCUUGUCCCCGGGCGCCAAAAACCCUCGCUACGCCACUGUUGAGUUCAUUGUAUUAAAACAAACAAAAAAGUUUUAGUUUAAACCAGAGUGUUGAUGAUUAUUUUUUUUCGUUUUGCUUCUGUAUCAGAUGGAUCCCUUGUGCUCGAGGUGUCCCCGAGGAGUGUGGAAGUCGGCCGAACCCGUUGGUUACAAGUUAACUGCAGCUACGCACCGGAAAUGGGUCAGGGAAUGGACACGUUGGUAUCCCUCGUUGUGUCCGGCUUACGGGACCCCGUGACCGGGGUGGGCAACUCGAUCGGCUCAGUUAUGGCAUCAGACGCUCAUAACCCCCAAGACAUCGCGUCCAUGAGCGUGUUCUCUAGCCAAGAAGUCACGGCGCUGUCUAAUCUGACUGUGAAAACUUCGGGCUACAUCGCGCCGAGGGGAGCGUCUUAUCUCGGUUUCGUGAUGGACAAUCCCAACUUCGGCGCCCCGGACACGUAUAAAUGUACCGCCCACGGGAUCAGACAAACCGGCCAGCCGAUGGUGAUGUCAGAAAACGUCAAAGUCCAAUUCGCCAAUUCAAGCCUAAACGAAGAAUCGCUGCGACAGCUAGAAAAUAUCGAGUCUGUCGUUGAGGAAGCCAAGGGGAAAAUUCUGGCAAUCGGUAGGAGGCAGUCGGAGCAGUACAGAAACUUAACUGACGACAUCACGGCUUUGUCGUCAACGCAGAUCCGUCAGGAUUUAAAAAUCGGGGCUCUCAGGGCGGAAAUCGAGGCGUAUGAAAACAUGAGCAACCAUUUGAUAUCCAUUGUAUCGGGUUUGAAAAAACUCAGAGUCGAGGACGACUCUAAAGUUCAAAGUGAACUCGCAACAUUGGAAGACCAAAAUAAAAACGCCAGCUCUCUAAUCGCCGCCCUUGGGGCUAAAGUGCAACAGUAUCAAAACACGAGCGUGGAAAUGAACUCACUGUUGUCCUCCCUGGACAGUCUUAAAGUAACCGUUGGUGAAGUUUUAAAGAAGAAAAACGACACGUCGGUGUGUCAACACGACCCAAACAAUACCACAAUUCAUGAUGUGACCCCGACCCCGAGAACUCUAACCUUUAUUGAAAGGACGGAGGAGUUCAGACGACUCAAGGAUGCCAUCCUGAGAGAUCUGUACAUCGUGUCGCCGACAUUCGGUGCCUUCGGUGCCUCGUUCUAUGUGGUCCCCAAAGCCCCGAGACCUCUGCCAUACAGUUGGAUAGAGGGUAAGUGUAAGCGGGUCGGUGGGUACCUCGUCGAGAUAAAUGACCGGAACGAAUACAAUUUCGUUGUCAAUUUUAUCAAAGAUCUGCCGCAAGCUCAAAUUCAAACAUAUUUCACCGGAAUGCAAUAUGCGUCGUUGGAGAAACCGGGACCCGUAAGCAAGGGCUGGAUCUACGCUAGAACUAAGAAGCCAGUGUCUUUUACAGAAUGGGGUGAAGGAGAACCGAACAACUUGGGCUGGGAAACCUGUUUGACACUUGAGAAGUCCAAAGGCUGGAAAAUGAAUGAUGUUACGUGCUCUUACAAAAACGACAUGAGUUUUGUGUGUGAGAUUUCAAAUGCUGAUUUCUAUUCCUUCCCAUAAUUCACCUCGGUUACCGAAUGCUCACUUUGGAUAAGUGGCUCAAUAGCUUCGUUACGCCCAGGCGUACUUAUUAAACAAAUCAAUGAUCAGUAAUCUAUACGACAUAUGGUUCUUUAUUGGAAAAAAUUAUUGGAGCGUGCCGUCUUUGAUCCGCUUUUCUUUCUGCGGCUCCAUGACAAUUACUCAACCGAAAAUAAAAAAAAAAUUUUGCGAUAAUUUCUAACUGCUAUUGCAAAAAUUCAUCCCAGUUCAUAACUUUUAAAAUGUAAUGAUAUUUACGUUUCUAACAUCAUUAAGUUUUGAGAAGUGUUUAUCUGCUAUAAAUGUUACGCGCACCCUACACGCACUUUCACGCUCCUAAACUAUUUUUACCCUCUUAACAUGACCUUAAAUUACCCAUUCUAAAUUAUCACUUAUUUAUAUCCCUUUUGUGACUGAAGAAGUCAAUUGGGGGACAAUUAAUUACGCUAGAGAAAUACUUUAGAUGUACCCCCUUUCGUGUCCUUGAAUUACAACUUUUUUUCUCUCAAAAUGGUUAAAAAAUCUAAUCUUAAAUUUACAACAAAAACUCUAUAUAUGAUAUAAAUAUAUUUUGUAUUACAGGAAUUCGAUAUAUAUUGAUAUCUUCAUAAAAAAUGUAAACACAUUUUUGCCUUUUAAAAAAAAUUAUACUACUUCAGAAAAUCGUAAAACCGAGAAUGCUUUUAUCUAACAAGAAUCUCGCUACUGUUUUUCCACGCCUAUAUCAGAGUUGACUGUCUUUUUUAAAAAUAUUUAAUGGUUAAUCUCAUAAAAUACACACCUCUUUAAUUUUUGCAAAGUAACAACAAAAUAUAUUUUCAUUAAAAAAAAAAAAGAAAAUAUUAACCCAUCUUCAUUUGUCAAAAUUUAAUUUUCAAGUGAGUAAAAUGAUUGGGUUUUGAUAUUCAUAGAUAUACUUAUAUAAAUGUACCCAAGAUCUGUUAACGCCAUUGAUUUUCUUAAUUGAUAAACAUAUGUUGAUUUGUAAAAACAUAAUUUAACACUAUCUUUUUUUCACAAAUGUAAUACAUAGGAUUUAAAUAUAUUGUCAUCCACGUAAAAAUGUAGACAUCCUUUUUCCUAUGUCCUAUAUGUAUGUACCCAAGAAGGUUAAUUAUUAAUCAAAUUAAUUCCUUUAUUUUGGGACGUAUCUUGUAUUGCCUUGGGCUAAAUGAACAUACCCAUAUUUUUUUUAAAAGAGAAUGUAACAUCUUAUUAUUUCACAAAUGUAAUACCAUAGGAGUCAACUCUGUUGUCCUCCCCGUAAGAAUGUACACAUCUUAUUUCCUAUCUCCGAUAUGUAUUUACCCUAGAAAUUAAUUAUUUAUCAAAUUCAUUCCUUUAUUUUUAGACGUAUCUUGUGCUGCCUUUGGGCAAAAUGAACAUACACAUAUGUGUGAAAAGAGUAUGCAACAUCUCUUUUUCACAAAUGAAAUGCCAUAGGAUUUAAAUAUAUUGUCAUCCACGUAAAAAUGUAUAAAUCCUAUUUGCUAUCUCCGAAUUGUAUGUACCCCAAGAAGGUUAAUUAUUUAUCAAAUUCAUUCCUUUAUUUUAAGACUAUCUUGUGCUGCCCUGGGGCAAAGUGGCCAACCCCCCCCCCACCCAGAUUUAAAUAAAUUUAGAAAAUCUUCCACCGGAUUGUAGUCCCUUCCAUACCUAAACUAACAUAUUUUGCACUUCAUAUGGUUCGUUCUUAUUUUUAUGAGUUAUAAGUGGAUUAGUGAAUGCUAUUUGGCUAUGGAGUUGCGCUGCACUGAUUGACUUAAACCGCAUUUUUUUAUUAGAAUUAUAUUUAAAGGUCAGUUUUGAUUACUUUAUAAAUUUAAUAAAAGUAUGUUUUUAAAAU